AUGCUCUGUCAGAUCCUCAGUCAGGCCAAGAAGUAUUCAAGUUUGAUCCCACUCUUUGUAUGUAUUGGAGCCGGAGAUACUGGCACAGUGCUGUAUGUCACACACCUGGCAUUGUCCACACACCUGGUAUCUAUGGGGACAAAAAGAAUAACCCCAAAACCCCAGAACAAGCUGAGCCCCAAUGAGCAAUAUAAGUUCCACUCAGUGAAUGCAGAUUACAGCAAACUGAAGAAAGAAGGUCCAGACUUCUAA